AUGGCGACGACGCACACCCCGAAGGCGAGAAACACGGCCUUCGAGCAGUUCGAGAAGGCGUCGCCCACCACCUUCCCCAAGCUCGAGGAGGCCGAGCAGCGCAGGCGCCGAUGCUGCAGCCAGAAGGUCUGGGCCAUCACGCUCAUGGCCGUGGGCAGCCUGACCGCGAUCCUCGGCGUCCUGUACGGCACCGCCAUGCCCGCCUACGUCAACUCGGCCGUGAACGACGAGGUAGUGCACUGCUCGGACUCGGACGUGGCCAAGGAAAGCUACCUCGACCCGUACGGCGACUGCGACGACUGCUCGCCCUACUACGUGUCCCUCUACAUGCUCAACGCCACCAACGCCGAGGACUACCUCGCCUCCAACGCCAAGCUGCAAGUGCAGGAGAUGGGGCCGUACGUGUAUCGCCGCCGCGAGAUCAAGCUGGACGUGUCCCUGUCGGACGACGCCUCCACCGUCACGUACAAGACGUACACGUACCACACGUUCGAGGCCGACAAGAGCUGCGACGGCUGCUCCGACUCGGACGAGAUCGUGAGCUUCGACACGGGCUACUUCAGCGUCAUCGCCGGCACCGGUGGCGAGUACAACCUGCUGGCGCAGGUGGCCCAGGCGUCCUUCGCCCUUGGGCAGAACGCGUCCGACAUCGACUCGAUCAUUCACGAUAACGGCGAGCAGAUGAUGCGCUGGAUGAGCGGCCUCAACUCGCUGGACCCGGAGGCCAUGAAGACGGUGACCAACAACAGCGCCGUGGUCGCCUUCCUGGCCACGGGCCCGGAGGCCAUCGCCGACUUGGAUCUGUCGGGCUUCGCGUACAACGGCAUCUUCGCCAAGCGCACAGCGUCCCAGUGGGCGCUGGGCUACCCGAGUCUGCUGACCGGCCUCAUCCUGAGUGCCAACUACAUCAAGGUCUGCGCUGUGGACGGCGGCCUGAACGAGCAGUGCGCAGCCUGCAGCGGCGACGACUGCCUGGCCAUUGCGUCGUCCUGCGCUACGUGCACUAAGGGUGCGGCAGUCAUGGCGGUCAACAAUAUCACGUGCGCCACCAUUGAGUCCAUCUACGCCGCCGAGUACGGCGCCGAGGAAGCGGCCAGCUUUGCCAAGACCACCUGCGGAGGCCUCUGCACCGACUACGGCCUGUGUGCUGCCCCGAUUCCAGGUAUCAUUGAAACCUCCGGCAUGGACUACUCCAAGGCGGCCCCGGAUGCGUCGUCACUCAGCGCCUACGUCAAACGCACAGGCUGCGACGACCGCAGCAAGAUCGGAACGUAUGUUGAGUACAACGGCUUCACUGUCGCGCCCUUGUGGGCGGACCUGGGCGAGCGCCGCAACCCGACGCUGGCCGAGAUCAUCGCUUUCAAGAGCUACGCCAACUGCGACGCACCGCUGGCCAACGUCACGUGCUUCAAUGUGUCGGGCACGGACGGCUCGGCGCUCAAGCCUGGCGGCGUGACCGUCAACGGCAUGGCCAAGCACACUACCGUCGACAGCUUCGACUCGUACUUGGGCCCGGCCGAGAUCUCCAUCCCCAUCUCGAGCCUGGACACGGAGGUGGACUUUGACGGUGUGUCGCUGCACCGCUUCGGCACCCCAACCGACGUCUUCGCGUACUCGGACGAGCACGCCGCGAUCGGCUCGGGUAUCCCCGUGAACGGCCUGCACCAGCUGAGCUUCAUCACGGGCUUCCUGUCGUACAUGUCCGGCCCGUUCUUCGUCUACGGAGACUCGUCGUUGCUGGAGGGCGUGGAGAUGACCAAAAGCGACGGCACGGUCGUGACGGCCGACACCAUGUACGACUCGGACGGCAGCCUGGCCGAGAGCUACUUCAACGCGUACGGCACGUUCGUGGACAUCGAGUCGGGCACGGGCCAGACCAUGAGCGCGCGCAAGCGGUCGCAGGUCUCGUACGCGCUGUCCACCUCGACCACUGUGGCCAACGCCUCGAUGAGCGACCUCGUGUGGCCGGCGCUGCCGACGGAAGUGGUGCUGCCGACCUACUGGGUGCAGGAGGCGGCCGAGGCCAAGGACAGUGUGCUGGACACCUUCAAGAGCACGCUCACGCUGGUCAAGACGUUCCUGCCGGGCCUCAUCGUGCUCAUCAUCGUCGGCUUGCUCGAAGUGGGCGGCGGUGUCCUCCUCUGGCGCCGCCACAAGCUCAAGCUGGAGGCGCAGCGCUACGGCAGCGUCAUCUAG